CAAAUGGCUGCCAAGAUGCUAUGGAAGUUGCAGUGGUGCUAAAAAAAUAAGUUGUGUAUUUCAAAUUGUGACAUUCCUGCUGGCGGGAAUUCUUCUGUGAAGUGUAACUAUGGCGAGUCGUGAAAUUAUCAAGAAGAAGAAGAAGGCACCGAAAUUGAAACCACUUCCAUCAUCAAGCGUGCUUCCAGAGAAACAGGAUGAUGAAAAGGUCUUGAUUGAAGAGGGCAUCGAGAACACUGGCUAUGCCCACAAUCCAAAUGCUUCCACUGGUAGUCUGAUUUCUGUGAAAGAGGCAUCUGAACAGGACAGGUCAGACAAUGCAAAGAGGUAUCCGUCCAUCAAGAAAAAGGAUUCAAUGCCAGCAGAGUCUUACCAGAGCAGUGAGAGGUCUGUUAGUCCUGGGCCUGCAAAACUGAAGAAAAAUAGUGUUGUGCCAGUGGAAGGAGGUGCGAGUACUGUUGGAUCUACCGUAAAGCAAUCAUCGGGGCAGGGUAGUGCUAUCUCGUUAAGAUCAAAAGAGGCAUGGACCGAUUCUGAAAGUAUAACUUCAGCAUCUGGGCAACGGAAGAAUACAGGCAAACCUGGCAUGUUUGCGGCAACCAAAUCAUCUGGUUCAUCAACGCAGAUUGUGGCUUUAAAACCUGGCGAAGGAAAUCAACGUAGCAUCUCCCAAGCUACCCUUUCACCUCCAGAGAUUCAGGGAGAGAAGCAUGCCUAUGUUCCGUAUCUGUUUGCGAGGAGUGCCAUCGCGAAGAUCAUGGAUGACAUGAAGAACAUGAAGCUGAAGCAUGUGUCCAUUGUCACAGAGAUUGAAGGAAACUUUAGGGGUAUUGAGAAAGAAACACAGAAUCAAUUCAACAGCUUUGUGUUGAACCUGAGAGGCCAGUAUUCAACUAAAGUGAAGACGUUCCGAGAUGUGAUUGAUGUUCACAGGCAGGAGGUCAAUCAGAAACAACAGUACUGGGAGGAAACAUUGAUGGCCCUGAGUAUGAGAAACAAGAAACUUCUCCAGGAAAAGAAAGAACUUUUGAAGAAGACCAAGUCUGAUUAUGACGAGUAUGAGAAGGAGACGGGCCGAACGAGCGCAGGUCUCGUUCACACCCUGGAUGACAAGAGUAGCCAACUCUCCUCCGCACAAAAAGAUGCACAGAAACUGAAGGACAAGCUUGAAAGAGAAAGGAACGAAAACAAGCAACUCCGCGAUCUUCUUGAGGAGCACAACCUGGGCCACCUCGUCUCUGCAGUCGUCAUCGGCUCCAGUGUGGCGCGGCGUCAAGAUGAACCUGACGAGCCGGUGGUCUUUGGCGGGAUCUCACCGGAGCAACAGGAGGACUUGGAGAACGAACGGGACGGAAUGAAGGAGGACAGGAUGAAGAUGACGGAUGAGCGUGAUGAGUGGAUGAGUGACCGUAAGGAACUGGUUGACGAGAGGAAUAAAGUACAGGGGGAACUGAACAUGGCUAAUAUGGAGCUCUCACAGAACCAGGCACGGUAUGACUCUCUCAAGACCAACAUGUUGGAGUAUGCCAACAUGAAGGCCUCUUAUGAUGCCCUCUGUGCCCAGUAUGCCGUGCUGGCAGUUGCUGCGACUUCUAUGGACAAGGACAAGGCUGAGGAGAAGUCAAAAAGUCUUGAAAAUGAUAAGCAGUCGAUGGAGGAGGAGAAAGCCACUAUUGAGAAGGAUAUCCAGAAGUGGAAGGAUGAGUUUCAAGCAGAGAACGGUCGUGAACCAACUCAGGCGGAAAGACCAGCUGCUGUGAAGGAGCUUUACACCCAGCUGGCCGAGGUUGAAAGUAUGAUUGCCAAUCUCAGCACUCAGCAAGAGACCCUGGUCCAGAUACAAGCAGGCAAUGUACCCCAACCUGCUGUUGUUGCGGCUCCUGUCAAGAUAAAAGACCCUGAGGUUAAAACUAUUGAGGUCAGAGUGCCUGACCAGGGAUCCCUGUCCCGACUUGAGCAGGUGAAGGUGGAAAAUGCGCAACUGAAGAGAGAAAACUCUGAGUUCAAGAACACCACGGCUGAUUUGAAAUCUCAGCUGAGUCGGGUGCAGAUCAUGGGAGGAGCUGCUGUAGCAAUUGGUAGCUUGACACCAGUGGAGGAUCUAAAAACUGAGCCCACUCUACAACAGGGAGAUGCCACUGCUGUUGCCCAGCUGAAGUCGGAACUGAGGGAGAAGGACCGUCAGCUAAGGGCUGCAGAGAAGCAGGCUGGUGCUGGUGAUGAGGGGCUCAAACUCCUCUUGGCUGCUGCCGUUGGACAGGUGCACGAGCUUCAGAAAGAAGAAGAGAAGGCUCAUGACCAGAUCAAGGACAGAUACAAGAAGGCCGAUGAAAAGAUGCCAGAGUUGGAGAAGUCUUUAGAAAAGGCACAAAAGAAACUGGACAAGUAUCUCGCUGAGCAUGAUGCUAGCGAUGAGGAAUCGAGCAGACUGAAAGACAAGGUUGAGAAGAAGACAAAGAAGACAUCGGAUAAUGAGGUGUUAGUUGCUGCCUUGAAGAUGCUGAAGUCCGGCCAUGUGCCUGAUAACUACAAACCUUCAGGAGUUGUGGCAGGAGGUGCGGAUGCUGGAGACAUUGAAUACUUCGAGGAAAAGAUUAGCGAGUUGGAAUUGGAGAACUCACAGUUCAAUGACGAGCGAGCGGAAUUGCUUGAGAAGAUAGCCAAGCUGGAGACAGACUUGUUGUCUGGAGGAGAAUCUGGAACCAUCGGGAUGGAGGAUACUGAGAGCUUGAGCACACAAAUAGCCAAGUUCCAAAUGGAUGUCGACCGCCUUGAAGCUGAGCUGAGGGAGGAGAGGGCUUCUCAUGAUGCGACCAAGGAGGAGUUGGAUGCUAUGAAGAACCAGUUAGAUGGCAUGAAGGUGGAGUUGGAGAACUCGGAGGGGCUGGCCAACACCAAGGCGGACAGCAUGCAGGCUUCUCUUGAGGCACAGAUCAAAGCAAGGGAUCAGGAAAUUGAUGAUAUUCGCAAGGAGAAGGCCGAACUUGAGCAGGCAAGAUUAGACAAUCUCCCCGUCAACGCCAAGGUGGAAAUCCAGAAGAUCCAGGACAAGCUAGUGCGGGUCGAGAAGGAGAAGACCGCCAGCACUGCAUCGAGUAUCGCCAUGACGGCGGAGAUUCAGGAGUUGAAGGGACGCGUUGAAGCUGUGAGCAGUAACCUGAAACAGCAGAAGACUAUCAGUGCUGACUUGGAGGAGAAACUGAAGUCUUCCCAGGGUCAGAACGAGAAAGUUCGCAAGGAAUUAGAGAAAGAGUUUCAGAAGAAAGAGCAACAGAGAGCUGAUGAGGAGAAGAGGAAGAUUGCAGCCCUUCAGAAGAAGGUGCAGAUGCUGGGAUCAGGGGUUGCAGGGGCUCCAACUGCACCUGCUCAGCAGAAGAAGCCUGGAAUACUGACGAAAAAAACUAGCACAGUAGAGAAACCGGACGGUAACGCCAAGGCUCUGAAAGACCAGGUCAUACAGCUGAAGAAGGAGAACAACGAACUGAACACUCGCAUCAAGCAGCUCGAGUCUGGGAAAGGUGGCGCCGCUGUCGUUGCUGUUGGAGGAGGAGGAGGUGUCGCUGAUAAAAGGAAGGAGAAAAUCCUGAAAGAACUUGAGAAGAAGUACGAGAUGGAACAGAAGAAGGCUGCGCGGAAUCUUGAGAACUUCAAGCAGAAGGAGGAGGAGCUCAAUGCAACGAAAAAGGACUACGACAAUGUCAACAAUGAGCUCAAGAAGCUGAAGAUUGAGAUGUCGACCCUUGGCGUUGCAGCCAAGGAAGGCCUCGAUGCUGUCAACAGGGUCAAGGAGCUGGAACUCGAGGCAAAGAAGCUGCGAGAGGAGGUUAAAGUGCUCGGUGACAACUUCAACAGUGAGAGGGUCUUGAGGAAGAAGUACUUCAAUAUGGUUGAGGACAUGAAGGGCAAGAUUCGUGUCUACUGCAGGGCUAGGCCGCUUAGCAAGGAUGAACUGAACCGGGGUAAUCACUCUGUCAUCCGCUCGCCUGAUGAGUACACCAUAAACGUGGAAACCAACCGCGGUCUCAAGGAGUUCCAGUUCGAUAACAUCUUCAUGCCCGACCACUCUCAGGAGAAAGUCUUUGAAGAUACUAAUAAUCUUGUCCAGUCGGCUGUUGAUGGUUACAAUGUGUGCAUCUUCGCCUACGGUCAGACAGGUUCGGGUAAAACGUUUACGAUGAUUGGAGACAAGGCUCAGAACUUCCCAGGUAUUGCUCCAAGGGCUUUUGACCGCAUCUUCGACUUGAUUGAAGAAAACAAGAAGAAGUUCAGCUUCUCUGUCUCUUGCUACAUGAUGGAGUUGUACAAUGACAAACUCUUGGACCUUUUCAGCAGGGAUUCCUCACAUGCUGAUGAUCGUUUUGACAUCAAGAAAGACAAGAAGGGCAUGGUGUUCAUCCUCGGUGCCGAGGUGAAGCAAGUCAGCAGUGCCAAGGAGUUGUAUACUGUGUUUGAUGAGGGGUCCAAGAACAGGCAUGUUGCCUCAACGAUGAUGAAUGCUGAGAGUUCGCGGUCUCAUCUUAUCAUUGGUGUGGUCAUUGAGAGCACCAACAGGACAUCUGGAAAUGUCAUGAGAGGAAAGUUGAGUUUGGUCGAUUUGGCAGGAAGUGAACGUGUUGCCAAAACAGGUGCAACAGCCCAGCAACUGAAGGAGGCCAAUUCCAUCAACAAGUCGCUGUCUGCUCUUGGUGAUGUCAUCUCCGCCCUGUCCAGCGAGCAGUCCUUCAUCCCCUACAGGAACAACAAGCUGACUAUGCUGAUGCAAGAUUCCCUCGGAGGCAAUUCCAAGACACUCAUGUUUGUCAACAUCUCACCGGCCGAUUAUAAUGCUGAUGAGACCAGCAUCUCCCUAACCUAUGCCUCCCGUGUGAAACUGAUCACCAAUGAUGCCCAGAAGAAUUCUGACAACAAGGAGAUUGCUCGCCUCAAAGGGGUUAUUAGCAAGCUGAAAGCGGGUGAAAAGGUUGCAGAAGAAGAAGUCUAAUCAAGGCAAACAGUCUAAUAUAAGGCAGAUUCACAUAUGGAAUGUUGACCUUUUGACAUUCAUCCUGUGACCUUCUGAGGUCAAGGUUGUAGUUCUGUUCACCAGGGAUGCGACAUUUCAGGUUUUUUGGAGGAAUUUCUAUUUUUCUAGUCCUGCAGAAGGUUCAAUUGGCAUUGUAAAUGAAAAGAAAUAUGCCUCAGCUCUAUGUAGAACUUUGCAUUUUCGAAAGUUUGAUCCAGCCUUAUCUUUUUACUGUGAUAUUGCACCCUGCAAUUUUUUACUGUAUCUUUUCAUCAAACUUUAAUGCUUGUUUGAAAAUCUUCAGUAUUUGUAUUCAAUAUACAUAUAUAGUAUUUCCAUGAGACAAUCAAAAAUAUUUGAGUAAUAACUUCAUUAAAGUGUGUAUCUCUAAAAGACACUUGAUUUGCUGGAGGUAAACAAGACUUCCUAGUCUCGGUAGGUUAAUGUUAUCUACUUUCCGUCCUGCUGAUUUUUAAAAAUCACUAUAUAUAUUUUUUGUAAAACAUAUAGCAUAAAGUCUAAUCUCUGAUUUUUAUCAGUCCUGCAUUGUAUUCAUGAUGUAAUUAUGAUAUUGUGUUGUGUUCGUCUCGUCAAAUGUAUGAUUUUAUCUUUGACUGAACUUUUUCCACUCUUGUGGAUGUGAAAUGGACAGGUUUUGAAUAUGAAGUCGAAGUGAUUGAACAAUAUUGAAAGUAUUUCAAGUACAAUACUUGACCAUAAAAAGAUGUUGCAAGUUGAGUGAUUGACUAUUCGACAUGAAUGACUUAAACAUGGUUUACUUACUGGUAUUCUUAGAAAAUGUUUUGUAAUGCUUUCUUCUGUACUUUCAACAAUGUAUUAGAUUCCUCCAGCUGUUGAGAUGUGAUUAGGUAUAAAACAGUAUACAUUGUCUUAAUAUUGUGGCUGGAGGGAAGGGCAGGCCCCAAUAAGAAGCUACUGGUUAGCUAAUAUAUAUAUAUCUAUUUUAUUUAAGACAAUCACGAAGCAGUAUUUUCUUGGGUUCUAAAUGAAGCCGGAGCCUAAAUUUUUUUGUUCGGUUGAUAAUGCAGUAGCUUUGGAUACAUAGUGUUUCUAUGAAGUUGAAGUGAGCGUGUGUUGCAUUUUUUUGCCCAAUCUUGCACUGUGACAAUCUGCUUUGUCCACAUGUUCUCAUCCUGAGGAAUUAUGGUGUAAAUUUUUGCUCAUUCUCCUAAUACAUACAUGUAGGAAAUAGUGUGAGGAUACACAUGAUUGUGUUACAUUAUGGUCAAAAUGAUAUUCUGGUCUAAUAAUGAACAAUAUCUUUGUGAUUGAUGUAUCUGCAUUAUGUAGCUUUCAUGUAGAUGUUUGUUGUUUUGCGAAUAAGAAUGUGUUUAUGCAGAUAAGGAAGUGUUUAAACAAAUGUUUUUCAUCCUUUCAACUUCUAAGUCGUGCAAUGGGGAGACACCAGCAUAUCAUUUGUGAUCCGUCACAGCAAAACCAGGCGCAUGUCGCUCUGAGCUUGGCAGGUUGAGACGGACUGUUUGUUCAUUUCUCUAUUGUCUGCCUUUUGUGAAAUAUGAGCACAUCAAUUUCUCCCAUUAUCUUCUGGUGUCAUUUAGGCUCAUCUUCUGUGCGACAUGCGCCUGGUUUUGGUGUGAUGAGUCACAUUUGUGCUUGAGAUGUUUUUAAGAUAACACAAAUUUAUAUAUUGACUUAUCCUCAUAGACGUAUUCAUAUAUAAAAAGAAUGGAUUAUUCAAUCCUAAAGGAUAACUUUGAUUGGAUUAUUACUGUCAAUGUGACAUGUCACCAAAUUACAAUGACUUCAUAUUUUUAUGUAUGAUUAGAGGUUAUUAUCUGGUGAGAUAUUUCAUGUUUUAUUUCCUAUCCGUCCACGAAAGAAUUCAUGUGAUAAUAAGUAAAGUCAAAUUAUAAUAGUAUAUUCUGGUCUGUUUAUUUAUGAACAAUAAUAAGAUGUGAUAAUAAUAUGUACAGUACAUUGUGUUACCUUUAAUAAACCUCCC